AGUGGAAGUGAGGAAGUGCGAAUGUGCGAUUCUAGUGUAUUUGUUGUACCUUUGUGUGCGUGUGGCGCACAAAGUUUAUAGUUCCAAUAAAAAACAGAUCGAAAACCCGUCAACCCUCAGAAUCGAAUUGGAUCGAAUCUGUGAAUUGGGGAAAGAUGGUUACGAAGACAGAGGAGACUCAAUUGAAUAGGUUAGAAAAUCAGGUCGAUAAUGGCGGAGGAGGAGCCUGGGAGUACCUCUGCCUUGUUAGGAAGCUGAAGGUUCGUCGUCCAGAGAAAGUCAUGAAGCAUGGCUUGUCCAUCUUGAACGACCCCAAACGGAGAUCCACUCUCGGCCCCGAAGAGUGGACUUUGUAUGAGCAGGUUGCAAUUGCAGCUAUGGAUUGUCACUGUCUUGACUUUGCCAAGGAUUGUACAAAGGUUCUUCGGAAGAGAUUCCCAGAGAGUAAAAGAGUUGGCAAGCUGGAGGCUAUGUUGCUUGAAGCAAAAGGGUCCUGGGAAUUAGCAGAAAAGGCUUACACAAGCCUUUUGGAGGAUAAUCCUCUUGAUCAAACCAUCCAUAAGAGGCGGGUGGCUAUGGCAAAGGCACAAGGCAACAUUUCUGGGGCUAUUGAAUGGCUUAAUAAAUAUCUUGAAAUAUUCAUGGCAGAUCAUGAUGCAUGGAGAGAACUUGCCGAAAUAUAUGUCUCCCUGCAAAUGUAUAAACAAGCAGCAUUUUGCUACGAGGAGUUGUUAUUAUCUCAACCUACUGUUCCACUACACCACUUAGGCUAUGCUAAUGUACUUUAUACACUUGGUGGAUUAGAAAAUGUCCAGACUGCCAAGAAAUACUAUGCAUCUGCUAUUGACUUGACCGGAGGCAAGAAUACUAGAGCACUCUUUGGUGUAUGCUUGUGCACCUCUGCUAUUGCACAGAUUACAAAAGGGAAGAGCAAGGAAGACAGAGAAGGAUCACAAGUACAAUCUCUGGCAGCCAAAGUAUUGGAGAAAGAUUACAAGCAGAGAGCUCCUGACAAGCUUCCUCAACUUACAACUGCCUUAAAGAGUUUAACGUUGUCAUCAUGAUGCUGCAUUUCCUUAAGACUUUUGUUAUUUAGCCACUUUUUGACAUUUUCUUAGAUUGUUGCCAGCUUGAAUCGACAUAUUUAGAAUUCCCGUCAUUUUCUUCUUAAUAUUAAAAUGAAAAUUCAUAUUGUUCUGCAUUU